GGGUGGUGACAGCCGGCCGGGACUCCUCCUCCUGCAGUCCCUACACUUCCUCAUUCUCAGGACAGGGCACUGACACCCUCACCUACACGGGGGCCACGGAGCAGUCGCAGCCUACUAACCCUCUGUCCCGAACUGAGCUUGGGGAAUAGUGUGGGCACCAUGUCCAAGCCACCGCCUAAGCCAGUGAAACCAGGACAAGUGAAGGUAUUCCGGGCCCUGUAUACGUUUGAACCUAGAACGCCUGAUGAACUGUACUUUGAUGAAGGGGAUAUUCUUUACAUUUCAGACAUGAGUGAUACCAAUUGGUGGAAAGGUACUUGUAAAGGAAAAACGGGACUUGUACCAAGUAAUUAUGUUGCUGAGCAAGCGGAAUCUAUUGACAAUCCAUUGCAUGAGGCAGCUAAAAGGGGUAACUUAAGCUGGCUAAGAGAGUGCCUAGAAAACAGAGUUGGAGUCAAUGGUUUGGAUAAAGCUGGAAGCACUGCUUUAUACUGGGCAUGCCAUGGAGGACAUAAAGAUGUUGUGGAGGUCUUACUUACACAGCCAAAUAUUGAACUCAACCAGCAGAACAAGCUUGGUGACACUGCUCUGCAUGCUGCUGCAUGGAAAGGGUAUGCCGACAUUGUCGAGUUGUUGCUCUUGAAAGGAUCAAGAACAGAUUUAAGAAAUAAUGAGAAAAAGUUAGCUUUGGAUAUGGCUACAAAUGCACAGUGUGCAACCCUGCUUAAGAAGAGACAGGCACAAGGCAUCGUACGGACAUCUAGCAAUGCAGAAGAAUAUCUUGAUGAUGAAGACUCAGAUUAGUUUUCCACUGUAGCAAUGAAUGUGAACGGUUUAGCUACUUGACAUUCCGGUGUGCACCUUCAUUUGUAAAGGACCUAACUGCAACGAGAUUGUGUUCCAGAAACCUUCCAAAACAUUGGCCCUCAUUCCGAGUUGUUCGUUCGCAAGGCGAUUUCAGCAGAGUUACACACGCUAAGCCGCCGCCUACUGGGAGUGAAUCUAAACUUCUUAAAUGUGCGACCGAUGUAUGCGCAAUAUUGCGAUCAAAAACGAGUUAGCAGUUUUAGAGUAGCUCCAGACUUACUCUGCCUGUGCGAUCAGUUCAGUGCUUUUCGGUCCCGGCUGACGUCAUAAACACACCCAGCGUUCGCCCAAGCACUCCCACCGUUUCUCCGGACACGCCUGCGUUUUUUCCGGAAACGGUAGCGUUUCCAGCCACACGCCCCUAAAACGCCGUACAUCCGCCCAGUAACACCCAUUUCCUGUCAAUCACAAUGCGAUCGCCGGAGCGAUGAAAAAGCCGUGAGUAAAAAUACUUUCUUCUUAGUAAAGUUACUUGACGCAUGCGCAGUGCGAACAUUACGCAUGCGCACUAAGAGAAUUCUCACUGCGAUGCGAUGAAAAAUACCGAGCGAACAACUCGGAAUGAGGGCCAUUAUUCACAAUCUGCCUUUUAAUUCUGUAUUAGGUUUAACAUAAACUGAAGCCAUGUUUUUGUUACUUACCUCCACUGAAUAACAGAUAAACGCCUUAUUUUGCUGUCAUGUAUGUAUACUGCCUACUUGCCUUUUUGUUUUGUUUUUGUUUUUUGUUGUUUUUUCUCUUCAUAUUUUUUACAACUUUUGUUAUGUUUGAAUUUUCUUGUUUUUGUUUAGUUCUUUUUAUUGUCUGGAAAUAUCUACUGUACCUAAUUUUGUCAAUUUGAUCAAAAUAAUUUGAAAAUGGGUAAAAAAAAGUUAACAUUACUUAAAAUGUUUUAUUUGUUAGAUAAUCAAACCUUAGUUAUAUUUAAACUUUUUUUUUGUUUGCAUAAAAUAAAUGUUUUUAAAAAUUAUUUUAUAGAACAUGUAUACUUCUGACAGAUGCAGGAGAGAUUCAUAUUAACAAGUUAUGUCCCCCAUACAUCUGCAAUGGAUUGUGUCAAUUUUGCAGAUGCCAGUAAACUGAUGUGUCCAAUUCCGACCCAAAAAAUAUUGGGAUCAGCAAAUUGGAAAAUUUCAACAUGCAGAAUUUCCCCAAAUCCCCAACUGAUCACCUAUCAUCGAUGGCUGCCUGCGUUUUUGAUCAGGAAAUUGGAUUGGAUUGGGGGAAACAGUCGCAGAUGCAUGGGGCUAUUUACUGUCUAAAGACAAAUAACAUGAUGCAAAAAUAAAAUUAAGGCAGAUUUUUGCAGCUCUGUUGAACAAAAGUACUGAUAAGACAAGCAGCAAUUCACAGGGGACUAGCCCAAUAUAAUUUGCUGUUGCAUUCACUCCAUCUGACAGCCAGUGUAAAUAGACAUGAGUAGAUAAGUUUUAAGGUGAUAGGUUUCUAAUGGAAUGUGUGUCUGUCCGAUGGUUUGAAAUGAACCUGCCACUGCUAUAUAAAUGUAAUUAUCACACAAGCAGUAGCUCUGAUUAUACCCUUUAAUCCACAUUUAAUUAGUUUUAGAUUACAGGAGCUGGCUCUUGACUGUGUACUUUUACCAAACAUAUUUAAUCAAUGGUCUCCAGAGACAAAAUAAAGAAAAGUUAAAUGUA